UAUGACAAAAAAGUUUGGGAAGGAUGGAACUCGACUAACGGCGGAUUAUUUUGCCUACUAUCUUUCCAAGAAAACAAAGGGUCCAGGCGGGAUUUUUUUUUACCAUAUAAGGUGUUCGGUGGGUGCAGUGGUUUUUGGCCGUGUGUAUUUGAGUGAGCGUGUGUGUGAGGGGGAGAGAAAGAGAGAGAGAGGGAGAGUGUGUGAGCGUGUGCGUGUGUGUGUGUGGCAACUCGAGCCAUGGCCUCUACCAAGUCCAAGAACCAGAGCUCCCUGAGCCUCCACAAGGUCAUCAUGGUUGGGAGUGGCGGCGUUGGCAAGUCGGCGCUCACGCUGCAGUUCAUGUACGACGAGUUUGUGGAGGACUACGAGCCCACCAAAGCGGACAGCUACAGGAAGAAAGUGGUGUUGGAUGGCGAGGACGUCCAGAUAGACAUCUUGGACACGGCUGGACAGGAAGACUACGCGGCCAUCAGGGACAACUACUUCCGCAGCGGCGAAGGCUUCCUCCUCGUUUUCUCCAUCACUGAGCUUGAGUCCUUCACUGCAUCUUCAGAGUUCAGAGAGCAGAUCCUGCGGGUGAAGCCGGACGCGGAGAGCAUCCCCCUGCUGCUGGUUGGGAAUAAGUCGGACCUGGAGGACCGCCGGCAGGUGGCGGCCAACGACGCGCGGGCGAAGGCGGAGCAGUGGGGCAUGCAGUACGUGGAGACCUCGGCCAAGACACGCGCAUACGUCGAUAAGGUGUUUUUUGAUCUCAUGCGAGAGGUGAGAGCGAAAAAGCUGUCCGAAAACAAGGAGAAGAACGGCAAGGGAGGCAAGAGCAAGAAGAGCGUGAAGGAGCGCUGCCUUCUCCUUUGAUCCAGAGACCGACAGACAGACACGGCAGGGGAGCCAGUCGCCGCCUUCUGAAUGACACAGAGAGAAACUGCCGUCCGCUGUGUGGGGUCCACGCUCCUCCACUGUGCACACAAAAUCAAUCCCAGCAUGCUUUGUGCCUGUACAAUCUUGUAUGCCUCAUCCUUCUCUUCAAGUGGAAAACAUUUUUUUUUCUUGCAAAGAUUUAAGCAAACCUUUCCGAAUAAUUUUGUGUAGAUCUGAAAGAAAUCAAAGGGUUUUUUUUAUAUGCACUUAGCCAUCCUGCCUUUUUCAUGUUUGUUUUCGGUGUUCGUUUACAGGCCGGAGUACUCUCUGUGUCACGUGGCAGAAAAACCUUUACAAUUUAUAUUCCAAAGUACUUCACAUCCACUAAACACACAUCAGAAAUGAAAUGAAGGCCCUGACUCCCUCUAUAUAUUACACAGCAGGUGAACAUGACAUGCAGCCACACGUUAUAUGAUCCAAUGUAAUACACACCCAGUAAAUGCACAUCAGAUUUUUCACUUGUAUUUUUCUAUGCACGCUUAUAAAAUGCCGGCUUUGCAAUCUGCCUUGAACUGCCUGUCCAGUAUUUUGUAAAGAUAAUGUUUUAUUGUUGAUAUGCUUAUUUUCUUUACUAUAAAAACUGUUAAAUACAGAUUAAAUAAACACGUAUUUCUUCUUUGUA